AAGCAGAAGUGUGUGUGUGUGUGUCUGUGUGUCUAUGGCUGUAUCCUAAAUGACUCUCAUUUGAGCAUAGAGUGCACUGUCUAGGUUGUAGAAGCCAGGUUCUUUAUAUUUUCUAAAGUGCACGCAUAUAGGGAGCAUUGAACCGUUAAGGAUCGAGUCUACUUUAUUGCGUGGCCAUUAACGUCAGUGAAAAUGUUAGUCUCUCAUUUGCUGCUGGACCACUCUUCAGCAGCAAUAGUGCACUAAAUCUGUAGUUAUACAAAGUGUGUGUGUGUGUGUGUGUGGAGAGGAACUGAUGGAAGAUUGUGGCGCUUUGUUUUUUUGUGUGAAGUUCAUAUAAAUAGCCUAAUGUCUCCCUAACCUUUGGAUUUAUUCUUUUCUGCUAGAAAUGGAGGAGAUAAGAAUGUCUCCUGACUACAACUGGUUUCGAAGCUCAGUGCCCCUCAAAAGAAUUAUCGUGGAUGAUGACGACAGCAAAGUUUGGUCGCUGUAUGACGCCGGGCCGAAAAGCAUCAGGUGCCCGAUCAUCUUCCUUCCUCCAGUGAGUGGCACGGCUGAAGUUUUCUUCCAGCAAGUGCUGGCUCUUAGUGGAUGGGGAUAUCGUGUCAUUUCGCUCCAGUAUCCAGUCUAUUGGGAUCUUCUGGAAUUUUGUGAUGGAUUUAAGAAACUUCUCGACCACUUGCAACUAGACAAGGUGCAUUUAUUUGGUGCAUCCCUGGGAGGAUUUCUGGCUCAGAAAUUCGCAGAGGUCACACACAAAUCACCUCGAGUGCAUUCUCUGAUCCUGUGCAAUUCAUUCAGCGAUACAUCCAUUUUUAAUCAAACGUGGACCGCUAACAGUUUCUGGUUGAUGCCAGCCUUUAUGCUUAAGAAGAUUGUUCUUGGGAACUUUGCCAAAGGACCUGUUGAUCCCAAAAUGGCAGAUGCCAUUGACUUUAUGGUGGACAGACUGGAGAGCCUGAACCAGAGUGAACUGGCAUCCCGGCUCACGCUGAACUGCCAAAACUCCUACAUCGAGCCUCACAAAAUAAAGGAUGUUUCAGUCACAAUUAUGGAUGUAUUUGAUCAGAGCGCUCUUUCAAAUGAGGCAAAGGAGGAAAUGUAUAAACUGUACCCUAACGCUAGGAGGGCUCACCUCAAAACCGGCGGCAACUUCCCCUACCUUUGUCGAAGCGCCGAAGUUAACCUUUACAUCCAAAUACAUCUGCGACAGUUCCAUGGGACGAGAUACGCAGCCAUCAACCCUGCUAUGGUUAGUGCAGAGGAGCUCGAGGUCCAAAAGAGCAAUCUGAAUAACAUUAGAGAGUGCGAUGAUGAAUCAUAAGAAGACCCCCACCCCCUACCACCCUUGACCCACAGCCUACACUGAGCCAAUCACAGAAGCAAUGACUCUUUAAGUCAGUGCUAAGCAUCACAUGCCGGGAAAAACCUUCUUUUGGCCUCAUGUUUUUCUACAAUGGAUUCAAUCGAAAUGACGAACUCAAAGAGCCUAUUUUUACUUUCCAGAAACAAUAUUUUGAUAUGUAUUAUGGCUGUAAAUAAUUUAAGACUGGGUAUUAGGUCUUAUUUCACAGGAUGCCAUUUUGAACUGGUUGCCUUAUACCUUGUAUUUGAUUAGUCUUGUGUUUCAUAUUGUCCUUUUUUCGCGCUUUAGUUUGGUUACUGUAACACAUGCACUGAUUGAAGAUAGAAAGGUACAAAUGUCACAGCUAUGUAAGGAUGGAAAAGCUGCAUAUUGACAAAGGAAUAAUUUGCAGAAAAAAUACACAAUGUUCAGCUGAUUAGCCAGGACAUGCUUGGUGGUGUUGAGUUUUUUUUUUUUUUUUUUUUUUUUCCAGAUUUGUACUGGAUCUAGAAAUUUCGUCACCAAAAAAAAUGUAGAAGCCUGUCUCACCCUAGUUUGUUUCCUGCAAAUAUCUCAAUCAAACCAAAACUAGUUGUUCAUGACUGCCAGUGUCAUCUUCCUAUAAUCUAUAAACAUGAACCAAUCUUCAGUGUGUAGCUGAACACUGUAAAAUGAUGAGGACAACCAUAAUUUUGUUUUCUUUCUUUUUUUUUCCAUAAUGCAAUUUGUUAUCAUUGUGCAUUUGGUCACUAUGUUUACACUACUAACUUGCGCAAUAUGCCACAGCCUCUUGAAAGCUGAACUGUAGAGAAGUAUGCUUGAUAAUACAAAAUUCUUUACUUUAUUUAAAAAUUACAUAGCAUAAGAAUGUUUUUUUGAAGCAGGUGGUUGAUGAUUUAGGCAAUAUUCAUGGAAAAGACUGGGUGAGAGAGACUUCAAUUAUUGAUUGAUUAGCUAUAUAUAUAUAUGAUCCAGCACAUUUGUGGUAAGUGAAAAAUGUCUAAAUGAGGGUUUUGUUGAACAAUUCCUUUUAAAUUAUUUGCACAGGUUUAAAACUAUAUAUUAGACUUCAUCUCUGCAGGCCAAUUAUGAUUAGCAUGGCUUUAAUUCACUGUGAACAUAGUUUUAAUUUGCAUUUAUAUAAGAUUUAGUGUUUGAGAGAAAGUAAAGCGAGUCACACAUUGCUUAAGAUGUCAGAUGGGGUUUGUAUUAAAUGUUAAGAUACUUAGGAAGCAGGCAAUGCUUAACUGCAAUGUAACAAUGCUUUGUCUUCCAACAUGUAGUUGUUUCUUUUUUUCUGUUCUUUUUUUUUUUCUUUUAAAUCCUCCUGUGAGGACCAUGUGUCAUUUGAACAUUUGAUGAAGGACAGGUGGCUUGUCUCAACUUCAGUUUCAGUAUUUUAUUAUAAAUCGCAUUUUGGAAUUAUGGUAUGUUUAAGAUAUGAUACAAAUUUAAGGAAAGCAUUUCAAUCAGAAUAAAUAUGUUCCUGGUUCAUUAUAAGAAUAAGAUGUGUCCGAUUCUGUUUACUGAAAAGGUCAACGCAUUUGUCUGAUUGCUAAAAUAUAAAUAACGAAAAAAAAAAUAUUAAAAUCGCCCUAUGACCACGUUCAUGCUUGUAGCCUCUAAAACUAAUCUUCUCCCAGACUGAUGACCUUAGCUGUCAUAUAAGUGGUGGCACAGCAUUAAGGUUCUCUAUACUAAUAAUCAGAAGAUGAGUUCAAAUCCCAGGAUUGUAACCAGAUUGCUCUUGUGCCGCUUCACUGUUUUCAGCUCUUGAGUUUUAACUGUGGCUCUUCCCUAAGAACACUUAACCUUUGCCAUGUGAAGCAUAGAGUAUUUUUUUUCUAGGAUCCCUGAUAGUCAUGAGAGGAGCACAAGAUCAUUCAGGUUCAUCUGAGAGUUCAUCUGAGCCUCCAACUUGGUUCCCUUCUGUUUUACUCAGUCAGAAGGCAAAUUUAGUUAAAAAUGUACUAACACAUUACCACCUGCAUUGUUGCACCAUCUACUAUCUGCAUGAAUUGUAUGUAAAUAAAUAAUUCAUCAGACAUUCA